CAUUCAGCUUGUUCUCGCUCCGAAAUCAUUAUAACUUUACAUAACCAAUCUUACGCAGGUUUAAGCUAUUUCUAAAACUUGUCAUUUUAAAGAUAACAUAGAUAAAAAGCAUCACAAAUACUUGACGCCAUUAUUAACGGUACCUUUCCGAGACAUUAGACAGCAUUGAUCAAAAAUCGUAGGAUAAGUGAGAAUUACUGAAUAGUAAAAGUAGUAAUUAGGCUAACUCGCUGGAUAGUUUAGACACCAUGGUGGGUAAUGUUUCCAUGUCUCAAGUUUUGUAACCUGCAAAGAAGAAAGAUGCAGAAAAUUAUGUCUUGUUCUCAAUUUUCAACAAGCUUACCACAAGCUUUGUUGUUCGAAGGACUUGUGGCAUAUUUCCCAAAGUCAGAAUCUACACUAUGAUGUUUAUUAUCAUCAGUAUUAUCGCCUUUGUGGCACUUGAGAAGUCAUCAGCCCUACAGAUCCAAGGCUGCACCCCUGAUAUACCCUUGGUAGUGGAAGACGACAACCCAAAUAUUCUUAUCUCUUGCGUGAACAUCCACCACGGUUAUGAUGUCUACUGGUCUCUGAGUUGGAGGCGUGGGAACCUGAAACAGCACAUGAAGGCAGCAGACUGCUUAAUAGGAGAUACCUGCCUAAGAUGGCUACCUUUCAUCGAAGUAGAGAGAACAGAGAAUACAAAUGUGUUGAACGUAACACAGUUUGUCAGGAAAAGGUUUCUUCUGACUGGAGUCACUUGCCGAGAACGGAACCCUCGCACCGGGGUAUUCAAUGGCUACACCUGUAACAUCACCAUGAAAAUUCCACCUAUCCGGAUGCUAGGCUGCGGUCCAGGUACUCCAUUACAAGUGGAAGAGGUCGCCACAAAUUUCUAUGUCUCCUGCGUGAACAUGCACGACCAAGAUUUCAAUGUCUACUGGUACCUAAACUGGACACAAGUGAACGGACCAAUGUCCAUGGUGGUAGCAGACUGUUUAACCCAAAAUCCCUGCUUCAGAUGGCUCCCUUUCGUCGAAGUAAGCAAAUCAAAUGCUACAAGUAUCCUGAACAUUGCCGGAAUGAUCCAGAAAAAGCUUUAUGUAAAUAGAAUUACUUGCAGAGAACGUCACCGUGAGACCUUGGAGGACUAUAGCUACACCUGCAACAUAAUCAUCAUUAAACCUCCACAAAUAUCUUGCAACGUUGAAUCUGACCAACACUCUGGAGUCGACAUACUACACUGCGAUAUAACAAAAAUCCACUUCACAGAGAAACAGUACACAUGCACGUGGUUUCAAAUAAAAGAGAAUAGUGAAGACAGGAAAAAAAUUGCUGAAGGACACGUUACUAAUUAUAAAGAUGACGGCACCCACUUCAGUGGAACAUGCACCGCCAUAGUCCAUCGGCUCAACAGGGAACACUUGACAUAUGAGGUCCUUCUUCUGCCGGAUGGUCUUCGUGUUAACGCCACUGUACAUACCAAUGAAUGAGAAGCCACAGCUGACAACUGAUGGACCAUCGAUGGUCCGAAUAUUUCGUUGGUCUGUGGUCAAGGAUUUAACAAGAAGAUAUAUCGUCACGUGGUCUGGCGCUAGCUUGCAGAUGCUUGUCAUUCUUUGCGAUCUUCACAUGCUACAAUAAUUAAUUAGUAUGUUGAAUGAAGUUUAAUUUAUGACUAUAAUAAACUUCUGUGUUUUA